UUGAGAUUCCGGCCGGACGCGUGCUGCUUUCCCCAGUGAGACCCCGCCCUUCCGCUCCCAGAGUUCCCGCCCGCGAUUCAAACAGGAGAAAUGGCGCGGGCGUCUGUGCUGGUGGUCCCUUCCCCUCCGAGGGACGUGGAGACAGUGGCCGGGGCGGACGACGGGGCAUCGGUCGCCGCCACCUCCCGAGAGGACUUCCGGGUGCGCUGCACCUCGAAGCGGGCCGUGACGGAAAUGCUAGAACUGUGCGGCCGCGUUGUGGAAAAGCUGGGGGACGCGCUGCCAGAGGAGAUUCGGGAGCCUGCGCUGCGAGAUGUGCAGUGGACCUUUGAAUCAGCUGUGCAAGAGAAUGUCAGCAUUAAUGGGCAAGCAUGGCAGGAAGCUUCAGAUAGUUUUAUGGAUUCUGAUAUCAAAGUACUUGAAGAUCAGUUUGAUGAAAUUAUAGUAGAUAUAGCCACAAAACGUAAGCAGUAUCCCAGAAAGAUCCUUGAAUGUGUCAUCAAAACCAUAAAAGCAAAACAAGAAAUUCUGAAGCAGUACCACCCUGUUGUACAUCCAUUGGACCUAAAAUAUGACCCUGAUCCAGCCUCUCGUGUGGAAAAUUUGAAAUGCAGAGGAGAAACAAUAGCUAAAGAGAUCAGUGAAACCAUGAAGUCCUUGCCUGCAUUAAUUGAACAAGGAAAUGGAUUUUCCCAAGUUUUAAAGAUGCAGCCUAUUAUCCAGCUCCAGAGAGUCCACCAAGAAGUCUUUUCCUCUUGUUACAAGCAACCAGAUGUUAAACCCGAGAGCUUUAUUACACAAAUAGAAACCACACCAACAGAGACUUCUACCAGGAAAGCCACUGAUGUGGUACUGAAAAGAAGGCAAACUAAAGACUGUCCCCAGAGAAAAUGGUAUCCGUUGCGGCCAAAGAGAAUUAAUCUUGACACCUCUUGACAGCUCUUUUUGUUUAUCUUGGGAGUUGAAAUUUGGCACUAUCAACAUUUAGAUUACAGCCUAAUGCCUAGACAGGGCUUCCUUUAAAAAGACAAAUAACUCUUUAACUAGUGAUUCCUUUAUACAAAUAUAGUAGCUCUAUGCUGACAUAGAAUGUAAUCAUUGUGUUUCCUUAUCAUUUUGUCUUUAGUGAUGAAAAGCAUAUUUUUUGAAUAUUGGCACAAAGAGAUCAGUGGGUAUUAAGAGUGCAAACUUUUACUGUCCUUAAAUGUAAUCAACUCUCGGCUACCUUACAGCUUUUGUGGAAUAACACGAGUAACACAUUCUAUUAGAUUUCUGGUGUACAUCUUUCUCUAAAAAAUGUAAUAGGUAUCUUUAUUUAAAUGCUAAAAGUAAUCCUCUGUUCUGAUUAGGAGCCAGGAGCAGAUGCAUUUGGGUUUUGUUUUUGUUUUUGUUCUUUUUCAAUGCAGUUUUGACUUAUCACAUUGAUAUGCAGAUGAGAAGACUGGCUUUGACUUUGUUACUCCAAGUUCAGCUAAUUUGGAUUUGUGGUGUUAUUUUUAGGAUUUUUGUGUUUUUGUUUUGUUUUGUAAGACAAAGAAGACUUAUUUAUAUAAGACUUUCUGUUAGAAAUAAAAAUUGGCAUGGAGCCAGUA